GUUCCUCGCCAGAAUUCUGUCGCGAAACGCGCGAAACUCUGACGUUUGCCGCGCGUGGUUUGCAACACCUCACCUCUGUGAACGAGUCCCGCGAGUUUUAUCGCGCGCGCGAAUUGCGAAGAGUACAGUUAAGCACGCGCCCCCCGGUAAUAAGCGAGUGCCUUAUCGAAGAGUUGUGAUUUUUUUUCCGUUUGAAUUGUAAAACUUGGUGAAGAUGAGCUCUGGAGGUAGUGGCAUCGGACUAAGCUAGAGUAGUUUACACAUGUUGCAGUUAUCAGCUAUCGGGAGCGUCAACUCGCGCGCGUCUGGCAAUCGGGUGCUUGGAAUCAGUCAGUUGGUAGCUGCAGGUUGACCCUUGAGGCCGUUAAGUGUUCGCAGGCCGGCUUGCGGGACUGUUUUGGGACGGUUUGUUUGUUUGGAUAUUAGACACCUGCGAUUUCGUCUGGCGCAAAAAAGUGUCAACCGCUUCAUCGCGUACAAUGCUGCAGCGGCAGCUGGAGGAGCCGGCCGCGGUCAGCAAUCUCUGGAACUAUCUGGCCUUUGUGGCGUUCGUGGUGAUCUCGGCGCUGAUACCGAUCCGCAAGCGACUAUGCAGCCGGCGGGUGAAAACGAAGGAAGACUACGUGUUCGGGGCCGGCCACAUUUCGACGCUGGCGAUGAUGCUGUCGAUCGCCCGCGGGACGCUCGGGGUCAUCUCGGUGCUGGGCUACCCGAGCGAGUUCUUCUACCGGGGGACGGCCAUGUGGGAAACGUUGUACGGGAUGAUGACGGCCUACCCGAUCGUGUGCUUCGUGUUCAUUCCGGUCUAUUUCGAUCUGGGCAUUACAUCGGUUUAUCAGUAUUUGGAGCUGAGAUUCAACAGCCGCCUGGUGCGAUGUUUAGCCUCGGGAACCUACAUCCUGCGUACGUUACUCAGCCUCGGGGUCACGAUCUACACGCCGACGGUCGCCCUAAACACCAUCAUCGGCGUUCCGUACUGGGCGUCACUGCUGUGCAUCACGUGUAUCAGCAUCUUUUUCAACGCGCUCGGCGGCAUGAAAGCGGCUGUUGCGGCGGACGUCAUCCAAAGCCUGAGUAUGACCGCUAUGCUUGUGGCCAUAGUGAUCUACUGCAGCGUCGAAAAUGGCGGACUGGUGCGGCUGGUUGAAAUUGGGGAAGAACAUGGACGCAUGAACUUCUUCAACUUUGCCGCGGAUCUGCAUCUCCGAGUGACUACCACGUCCGCCUGGUUGGGUGAGCUGUUCAUGUCGCUGAGUUUGCUCGGCUGUCAGCAAAAUUUUGUCCAGCGUUACCUGAGCAUGCCCAACUUUGCCAAGAUCAAGCGAACCAUGCUGAUCAACAUCCCGCUGGUUGCGGUUCUGUUUUCGUUACCCUGGUUCGUCGGAAUGGGAAUAUUCACCGUGUAUCGAAACUGUGAUCCUUUGAAGGUGGGACUUAUAGAAAAGAUGGACCAGAUUCUACCGUACUUUAUGGUGGAUUAUUUCGCAAACGUUCCUGGUGUUUGGGGACUUUUUGUCGGCACUCUGUUCAAUGGAGCUCUGACGUUGAACAUUUCCAACAUCAAUUCACUGGCGACCGUUACUUGGGAAGACUUUUUAUCGCUUGUUCCUGGACUGAAGAAGAAAACCGACAGCUAUCAACUAACUGUUAUAAAGUUCGUUGGAACCAUCUACGCCGUAUUGAUCAUGGGCAUUGCGUUCCUCGUAGGCCUUCUUUCCGGAGUUAUAGAAUCCUCAGUGCUUGUACUAUCAGCCACUUCAGGCCCUCUCCUUGGUGUCUUUAUCCUCGCAAUGUUCAUCCCAUUCGCCAACUGGAAGGGAGCCUCACUGGGAAUGAUCGUGUCCCACAUCAUAACCGUCUGGAUCGUCGCCGGUCGCCUGAUGUACGUCGAAGUAAGCAACUCAGUGCUGCCCACCUCAAUCGAUAGCUGUCCCGUCCAAUACCAAGACACCACCAACGCCACGCUCUACCUCCACGAAUUCCUCGCAUCUCGGUCAACAUCCUCAGCCCUGACCGAUGAAUCGUUCCUAUACCGGAUAUACUCCAUCUCCUACAUGUAUUACGGAGUGUUCGGUACCAUCCUUACCGUAGCCGUAGGAAUAGUGUUUAGUCUAGCCACGUGGACCGAUCUCGACGCGUACAACACGAAGAUGCUGCAUCCGGCAGUACGGUGGCUCCAUUCGCGAUCGCCCUUUGGGGGGAAAAGAUUUGGGUCGUUUGAAGUGAGCAGUGGCAAUAAACCACCGGCGUUGACCGUCGCCGUGGUCAGUCCGCACGAGGGUGGUGCUGUGCCGGAGAAGGGCGCUGAGAAGAGUUGACAAUGUUGUUAGGUUGUAAGCUGUAAAUAGAAUAAAAUUACCAUGAUACUAUUAAAAA